UAUCUGUCUGAUACCAUGCUAUCACAUGCGCUGAGGAAAGGGAUGAACAUGUUGAUCGGGUACGACCUGGUACCAGAACCAAAGAUCCUUGAGGCGGUGCUGAGAGCCUGCCGCAGACUAAAUGACCUGGCCAGCGCCAUCCGCAUCCUGGAGGCGGUGAAGGACAAAGCCGGGCCUCACAAAGACAUCUACCCGUACGUGAUCCAGGAGCUCAAGCCCGUAUUAAGUGAACUCGGCAUUUCUACACCUGAAGAGCUUGGACUUGAUAAAAUAUGAUAUACAAGAAGAUCAAGCUUUUGCAUUUAAAUGUUGGCCUCAUCAAAACAUGUCUGAAU